AUGUAUAGUAGUAGAAGUCAAUUGAAACCAAUGUUGGAAGCUAGAAAUGUGGAAAGUUCUUUGAUUGAUUCACAAUUUAAAAAUUCUAGUUUGGUUUAUCAUUGUAUCCGAGCCAAAAGCAGUUUGACUAGUUAUAUACACCUGAAUAAUUCCCCCGAUUUGGCUCAAGAAGUGCAACAUCGUUUGAUCAAAAUUAAUAGGCAAAUUGAUUUGAACAUUUCGGAGAUCGCCAAGAGCCAGCAAAAUGUACUUUUGUUACUUGAACAUGACCUCUACUAUUUAUUGGCAAAUCUCGGGAUAUUAAAAAUUCCUAGGGCGUUAUUUGAUCAACAAAUACUACUAUUCAAGAGACUUGUGAAUAAUUUAUUGAUUGAACAUGAAACGAAUGCGAUGUUGCCGUUGGUGAAGGCAUUGCAAAAUCCCAAAACUGCUGAAAAAGUGUCAAAGUGUUUCGGAAUAUACCUAGUGGAAUACACAAACUAUGAUGAAGUGAAUAUAUUUCAUCUCAACUUUAUUGUUAGUUUCAUACCAAAGAUAUUGAAAGUAUACAAAAGAUUCCCACGGUUGCUAGAAAUAUGGUUGCAGUAUCUGUGCCAGGAUGUGAUUACCAUUGAAACAUUGACAGGACAAAUUGCAUUACCUUUAGAGCAUGGCCUUGAUAACAGAAAGUACUUUCCGCUCUACGACUUACUUUAUAGCUUAUUAUUCACGGAAGAUUGUAAAGAUCAGAUUAUCGAGACCUAUUUUUUGGAAUUGAUUGUUAUAUUGAACAAUAGUGAAUUCCCCUUUCUAUUUCAAUGGUUGCGUCAAUUUUCAGACAUCUCCAGAUGCUUUAUCAAUCGAUUCGCAUACAUAUUUAAUGAGGCAUGCAUAGGACAAGAUGAGCGUAAUAUAUUAGAAUAUCAAAGAUUUUUAAUGGCAUUUAACAAAGUUUUAGUUUCAUUAUCUUUAGAAUUUCGAGAACAAUGCCUCCUGGAUUUUGAGUUACAAUUUUUUUCAAAACUUUUGCAACAUACUGAAGCUGAUAACUCAAACAUAGUCUACAUAUUUUUGAUAAAAACAAUCGAUGCCAUGUUGCCAUUUAUAUCAAAUUCAAUAUUCAAAGAUUUCAUUACUGAAUUGUUCCAAAGUAAGAUAUUCAGUCAACGGCUUGAUGAUUGUUUCUCGCAACCAAAAUAUUCUGAAUGCAAAAUCUUGUUUUUGGCCUUGUUUAACAAAAUUCUUGAGACAAAUUGCAGCCAUCUAGUAAAAGAUUUAUUCUGCUUUAAAGAUAGGAUCAAGGAGAAGAAAAAAUCCUCAUGUAAGCCAAAUAAAAAUCUACUGAUGAAAGCUAUGCAAAUUUCUAAAUUGAAAUAUAAUGAAGGUGAAAGGCAAAAUAGCUUUUUAUCAAUUCUUCAAAAAUUUCAAGCUAAAUCACCACAAGAUGAGUAUUUAGUAUAUGAUGAUGAAAAACUAAUUCCUCGCUUGAUUAGUGAAAGUUUGUUAACCUUUUUUCAGAACAAAUACGAGUGUAACAAACUUCUUAUUGCCUUAGUCAUUAAUCUAUUAUCCUUCGAGCGAGGCAUAAUCUACAAUGUGUAUUCCAAAGAUGUGCGCUCUAAAUAUUCUGAUAUAGAGAACAUUAUGGAGUUUCUAUUUGAUGCAUUCCUCAACUAUAACGAUAUAAUUAACGAGCAUAAUGAAAGAAAGUACCUAACUAUGGAUAGUGCCAUGAUUUCACAAAACGAUCAACACGAGUAUCUUAGGCCGACCCCUAAAUUUUUGGAAAGGCUAUCACCCCUUGAGUGCAAUAUUGGUACUUCUGAUGUUAACCAUGGAUCAUUAAUACUGAAUAUGAAUUGUUUCCAAGACUUCUUAAAUGAUAUAUUCUACUGUAUUAAAAUUAGACAUAUAAUAACGUAA